CAUUCAUUAGAUGCCACUUCUCAAUCAAGGCAUAUUCUUUCUGAGCUUUCCCAGGUGACAACAACAAGCUUUAUCAGCAGCCAAUGGCAGAACGUCCCUUGACAAACUGGAACAGCGGCCUCUUUGACUGUUGUGACGACAUAAGCUCUUGCUGCUAUGGUUACUGGUGCUGCCCUUGCCAUGCCUGCACAGUUUCAGGAAAAUUUGGAGAGAAUAAGUGUCUCCCAGUAUGUGACCUCUUCAGCCCUGCCUUUCUAGUAGCCUGUGGAAUUCCUCUGUGUGCGCCUCCUGUAUCCUUAUCUAUGAGGGUUGCCAUUCGAAACAGAUAUGGUAUCAAGGGUGAUAUCUGUAAGGACAUCGCAAUUACCUGUUUCUGUGUGUGGUGCUCCUGGUGUCAGAUGCAUCGUGAAUUAAAACAUCGCAAGGAGACCUCCACUCUGAUUAGCAUGCAGCCUGAUCCACAGAAAAUGCACUCUGCUCCACAGAUGAUGCAGCCUGCUCCAUACAUGAUGACACAGUCUGCUCCACAGAUGAUGCAGUCUCAUCCACCUGUGGCACAACCUGCUCCACAGAUGAUGCAGUCUCAUCCACCUGUGGCGCAGCCUGCUCCACAGAUGAUGCAGCAUGAUCCACAGAUGAUGCACUCUGCUCCACCAAUGACACAGUCUGCUCCAGAGAUGAUGCAGUCUCAUCAACAUGUGGCGCACCCUGCUCCACAGAUGAUGCAGCAUGAUCCACAGAUGAUCCACUCUGCUCCACAGAUGAUGCAGCAUGAUCCACAGAUGAUCCACUCUGCUCCACAGAUGAUGCAGCCUCAUCCACAUGUGGCACAGUCUGCUCCACAGAUGAUGCAGCCUCAUCCACAUGUGGCACAGUCUGCUCCACAGAUGAUGCAGCAUGAUCCACAAAUGAUGCAGCCUGGUCCUGGAUACCCAGGUUCUACUGGCUUUGUGACCCAGUAAAGUGCUGUUGUGAUUUCGCACAGAGCUUGGUGGCUUCUCACUGGCCUGUUCCAUCUUAUGAAAGAAACCUUAUUUAGCUAAGAUCAUUUAUCUAUGGUGUGAUAAUGUUGUGGUGGUACUCAGUAAAAGCUGAUUGUUAAUUUGCCAGGUGUUACUUGAUAUGACAAUAUUAUUUGUAGAAAUUAUCACAUUAACAUGGCUGAAAUGAGACAAUGAGACAGUUGCUGCAGUCCACAAUGACUAUGCUUUAACAUGUCAUUUAACAUAUAUUAAAGACUGUUUCUAGUAAUGAUAUACAUCUUCCCCUCUUGUUUAUGUGCUUUGUGUGAGCACCUCUGCUGCACUUAUGCUCCUCCCCUGAUAGGGACUGGUUGGUGUCUUGUGGUGAUGUGGCUGAAAUUAACAAAAUAACAAAAAAAUAAACAAAUGAUCAAGCACU